UCCGCGCAGGCAUUACGUCGCUAUAAAACUUAUCGGAUGCGUCCCCAAAUGGCAAGACGCGCACGAGCAACUCUUCUUUCAGGAGUUUCUGUCUUGCGAGAGAGCGUGUGGGCUUCCACCGGAUUCCACCUUCCCUCACAAGCACCUCCUCCUCCCAAUCAUGUUCUGAAUCAAUCGAUCUCUUGCGCAGCAUCAGCCCAGACAAGCGUCCUCGUACAUGUCGUACCUCUAGCGGUACUUGUCGUGUCAUUAAGGAGCAGCGACAGCAGCACCAAAGGUCUCAACUGGACUCGAUCCGUCUAUUAUCUUCAUGGCUGUCCUCGAGGAGUAUCUGUGGCUCGUUGUCGUCGGGGCCCUGGUGGCCUUCGGGUUCGGAUACGGAACUGGUGCGAACGAUGUGGCUAAUGCUUUCGGAACAUCCGUCGGGAGCAAAACCCUCACUCUGAGGCAGGCGGUCAUUAUUGCAUCUAUAUUCGAGUUUGCUGGAGCCCUUCUUCUGGGAAGAGUGUCGACGAAUACCAUCGCGUCCGGUAUAGCGGACAUCAACUCCUUCACUCGUGACCCGGAGGUUUAUGCUUAUGGCAUGGUCUGCGCCUUGGGAGUUGGUACAAUCUGGCUUCUUAUUACUUCCUACUUGGGACUGAACGUGUCGUCCACCCACUCCAUCAUCGGAGGAAUUAUCGGAUUUGCUUUGGUUUGGGAUGGCAGCAACGCAGUCGUGUGGGCGAAGAAGGAUACCAAUUCGUUCCCUCCCUACAAGGGAGUGAUCGCCAUCGUCAUGUCCUGGUUCAUAGCCCCCGUUCUCACCGGCCUCGUGUCUGCGACCAUCUUCUUCGUCGUCCGCACUACCGUCCUCCGUCGCAAGAAUGCUUACGCCCUGUCGUUCUGGACUCUUCCUCCUUUCGUCCUCAUCACCACAUGGGUCAACAUGUACUUCGUCUUCACCAAGGGUGCCAAGAAGACGCUGUCCUCGUCCUCUGACUGGACAGACUCCAAGGCCGCCUGGGUAUCAGCCGUCAUCGCUGCAGGAGUUACCAUCUUGUGCAUUUUCGUCGCUCUUCCGCUUUUGAGGAGGAUGGCAAGCAAUCACUUCGACAGCGAGGGCAAUCCUAUUCAGGGAAUGCCCACAGCCUUCUCUCCACAACCCGCCUCCGAGAUGAGAACUCCCGAGGAGAUCGCAGCCGGCCCGAACCAAUUGUCUCCCGUCGAUGCUGAGCCAGCUCAAUUGACAAGAUGGCAGAAGUUCAGCAAGGCAGCAACUCACGGCAUGGACGUGGAUAUCCACAAAAUCGUCAAGACGGACGACAAGAUUCACGAGAUUCACGAAUCCGCUGAGCUCUUCGAGCCUCGUGUGGAGUACGCCUUCAGCUACUUGCAGGUCUUCUCGGCCAUUUGUGUCAUAUUCGCUCACGGGGCCGGUGAGGUCGGAUACAUGGCAGGUCCGCUGGCCACCAUCUGGGACGUGUACAAGAAGGGUCAGCUUUCGAAGAAUGUCCAGCCUCCAAUCUGGGUCAUCCUCAUCGGUGCCGUCGGUCUCGUCAUCGGCCUCGCCACUUACGGAUACAAUGUCACUAGAGCCAUGGGAGUGAAGCUCGCGAAGCUAACACCCACCAGGGGAUUCGCUGCCGAGCUCGCCACCGCCUUCGUGAUCAUGAUCGCUUCUCAGUACGGUUUGCCCACAUCGUCCAGCCAGUGCAUCACCGGAGCCAUCAUCGGAGUGGGUAUCCUCGAGGGGUCGAAGGGAGUCAACUGGACCCAAUUCUUGAAACAGUUCGGUUCGUGGGUGGCCACAUUGUUCGUCAUCGGUCUGGCUGUGGCCGCCGUGUUCGCCCAAGGAAUCUACACUCCCAGCAAAAUCCAAGGAAAGGAGGUGACCAUGUACGAGGAUCGCGUGACCAACUUGACCACUCAAGUGUACAAGGACUUCAACUCCAGCCUCCAGAGCUACCGGCCAGUUGCUGCCCAGGGCCUCCUCGUCAACCUCCCCAACACCACCUGGAAUGAGCUCAACGCCACCGUAGCCGUCAAUGCGAAGGACGCCAAGAACUUGAUAGACCCCAAGAAGACCCAGUCAGUGGCAGUGGAAUCCAUCCUCGAUGCGCUUUACGUGUCACUGUCUCUGGUCCAAAAUAACAGCGUCUUCACACUGGGACAAAAUACUGUUUUUCCCGGAGCUGACAUUUGUAUCGAUCCAUCGACGACCAAUUUGACAACGGUUGCUUGCAUCUCACCGAAGCUUCUUCCAUCAUUUGCUUUGAAGACAUCGUCAGUCUAGGCAUACUUUCCUCGGAGAGGAGUUGAAAUAUUAAGGUAGUGAGUGGAACACAUUCCAGAUCUAGACAUAUUGAUUAAACACGUUGAUUCGAUUUGUUGUGAGUGUUGCUAUAUUGUUGGCACCAGUGUGGAGACAAUACUAGAAUAGAUGUUGACAAGCGCUCGUGGUCAGGACUGCUAUCUCAAAAAACCUGCCAAAUAUUUGUAUAGAUUAUACUUUCUGAUCUGUUCGUUUAGAUUACAAGUCGAUGGGAAGGCUAGAUCGCUGGAUAUUCAGAAGAACAUGUGCACACCGUUGUAUAUGGAAGUUCUCGUCUUGCGGAGGCUCUGAGAGCGAGAAGGGGUCAGAGCAUGCAGCUUUGGAGGAUAGGAAGUCUGAACGAUUGCACAUCCGAAAGAAGUUCAUGGACCGAUGACAUUUCCUAUCCACGAUGGGAUCUUCCCAACCAUCUGGACAUUUUCCCCCAGGUUUCUUAGAUAUUCACUUACUAUGUAGACCAUCAAAUUUGUGGAUUUGAAGGCAAGAAUGGAGGUUGUAGAUACAAAUGUAGAGUAUAUGAAAAAAUGAUACACUGUUAAUGUCAGUAGUCAAGAUGGUGCCAGACGGACCAGUUGAUUUCUUAGUUGCCAUCAGCGGGGACACAGCAACUUGUGUUCCAUUCACUUAUAGUUUACACAGUAAAAGCUACGAGCUUUUUCGGGGUUUCCCCAUGCUUAGAUCGUAGUAGUUUGAAAAUUGUCAACGUGUUUAUAGUUCAUGCCUCAUUUGAGGCUGGCAGGUGUAACCCCUGGUUACUAUAUUAAUGUACGAUGUCAUUUGUGACACUCUGC